UGUCCCCCGUCACGUGGGAAGGACCUAGUAGGGAGCGGAAGCGGCGCCAGGUUGCUAUUAAAAUGGCGUCGUCGUGAAGUUGCAUGUUGUUGUGGGGCCCCCCUGCUGAGUCCGUUAGGAAGAACCGCCAGUUGCCGCCACCCCGUCCCGCCAUGGCGGUGACCGUCACCCUGAAGACCCUGCAGCAGCAGACCUUCAAGAUCAGUAUGGAGCCUGACGAGACGGUGAGGGGCGGCGGAACCCUCUCCCCUCUCUCCCUUCUCCCCUCCCUCGUGUUAAACCUGCGGGUCCGAAUUCUUAAGGAGAAAAUUGAGGCUGAAAAGGGCAAGGAAGCUUUUCCAGUGUCGGGACAGAAGCUUAUCUAUGCUGGCAAGAUCCUGAGUGAUGACAUCCCCAUCAAGGAGUACAAGAUUGAUGAGAAGAACUUUGUGGUGGUGAUGGUCACCAAGAACAAAACAGGCUCAGGAGCUCCUGUUCCCUCCUCGAGUGAGGCUGCCCCCCCUUCAGAGCCCACAGCAUCCUCUGGGCAGACGCUGCUGCCUGCAAUAGCUACUGUUUCACUCCCAUCAGCAAUUCCAUCAAGUGAGGAAAAAAAGCCUCCUGAAGAGUUGGUGACUAUUUCCCCCCAGGAAUCAGUUGGCUCUGUUCCCUCUUCAGGUAGCAUGGGAUGUGAAGAUGAUGCAGCCUCUACUUUAGUUACUGGCUCGGAGUAUGAAACAAUGCUGACUGAAAUCAUGUCAAUGGGCUACGAGCGAGAGCGGGUGGUGGCAGCACUUCGGGCCAGCUACAACAACCCUCACCGGGCUGUGGAAUACCUGCUAACGGGCAUCCCAGGUAGCCCAGAACCAGAGAGAGCCUCCACCCAGGAGAGCCAAUCUCAAGAGCAGUCAGCACCGGAAGGAGAGAAUCCUCUGGAAUUUCUACGAGACCAGCCCCAGUUCCAGAACAUGCGGCAGGUGAUCCAGCAGAACCCAGCUCUGCUCCCAGCUCUGCUCCAGCAGUUAGGCCAAGAGAACCCACAUCUGCUGCAGCAAAUUAGCCAACACCAGGAGCAGUUCAUUCAGAUGCUCAAUGAACCACUGGGUGAAAUGGCUGAAAUUGCAGACAUUGAAGGAGAGAUGGGUGCUAUUGGAGAAGAAGCCCCUCAGAUGAAUUACAUCCAAGUCACGCCUCAGGAAAAAGAAGCCAUAGAAAGGUUAAAGGCCCUGGGCUUCCCUGAGAGCCUGGUGAUUCAGGCAUAUUUUGCCUGCGAGAAGAAUGAGAAUCUGGCUGCCAACUUCCUGCUGAGUCAGAACUUUGAUGACGAAUGAUAAAGGAAAAGAGUUUUAUAUAAAAUUCUCUAUAUAAAUAUUUGUUUAUUUAAAGGGGCACGUAUUGGGUUUGGGGAUGGUAUGAUUUUAAAAUGUCCCAGGCAAAUUGUUGGCCGGAGGAGAAUACUCUACUUUGGAAACUGGGCAAGUGGGGAAAAAGCAGAACAAACAGACCUUCUCCUCUUCCCCUCCCCAAAAACAAUGGCUGCGUUUGAGCCCAGCUGCAUCCCUCAACAGUCUUUGGACUGGCAAGCAGGAUGUUCAGGGAAAGGUUGACAUAGCAGAUGGGUUCUAUUGGACCUCCUCCCAUCUGAGCUGAUUGCGUGUGUGCAAACAGAUUGCUCUUUUGUUUGCAAAUCCCUCUCCCUCUUCUCUCUCUCUCUUCCCCCCCCCCCCCGGGCCAGUUCACAGUGCUACAGUUGCUAAAUAUGUCUGUGCUCAUUAGCUAAUUCUGUAUUAUCCCCUUCAGUUUCCACUGCUGGCCUUUGAAACAAGUCAAGUUCACCCCUGUUCCAGAGUGCUGCUUGCACUAGGUAGUGACCCAUCUUCUGAUGAUCAUUUUGAUAGCUGUGCCUGCAGGCUAUGCUAUGGUGCACGAAUGUCUUGUAAUGUUGCACACAAAUACAUCACAUUUCCCUACCCUGGUAAUAUCUUUUGUUCUCCACUGUUAAACAGCACCUACCAUGUAACUGCAGGUCUGUGACACUCUUCUAAAAUUAAUUCUCUGAAGAAGUACUGGAAAUUGGGGGCUGGGGAACAGUGGCCCUUAGAUCCAGCUGGUCCUUUGACUGUUUGAACUUUUCCCUCUUUCCAUGGCUACUCUGCAGAAUCAGAGUUGUGAUGGAGCUGCCGUUGAUGUCUGCUUCCCCAAGUUACCUAAGCAGAGCUCAACACCCAUGUAACUUAUUACUCAGCACAGUUUGAUUUCAUAUUGUUUUAACAUUAAGAUCUUGAAACUUGCAUGCCUAAUGCAGUAGCAAAAAGAGAAGGAGUAUUUUGUUUUCGUUUUUUUACAAAACCCUAUAGCAGACAAGGCUCUGCAAGUGGCUUUUUUGGCACUUAAUGUGCAUUGAAUGAAAAUCCAUUUCUAAAAUGUCUGUGUUAUGGAAGUUUUUAGGAAAGGGAUAUAUUCUAGUAUUAAUCUGAUUUACCUGUUCAAAAGAUUCUUGUAUUAUAUGGACUUUUUUCUUAAAGAAAAACCAUUAGUAUUUGGGGAUACAAAAUCUGUGUGUUAGACAUUGGGGGGCUUUACCUUUUUAAUUUGGGGAAAAUAUCAAAUUGACAUAUUUUCGCAAAUCUGUUUUGAUGCAUCUUUUUGAAACUUGAAUUUGAACUGAUUACACAUGAACAUAUGUUGAUUGAUCUCACCAAGAAGCUGAUCUAAUCCUUGGUUUUUCUGUUCCUGAUGUCCACUGAAAUUGACAUUGAACUCUAAAUGCACAAGUAGAAACCUGCAGAGUUUCCCCCAGUUUAGAUCAUCCUUCAUCUUUACAUGGGGAUGUUGGUCAAAGUUGUUGCUGGUAUGAACAUCAAUAAAACUGUCAGUUAUCACCUGUUUAAACCCCAGUUUUCUUUGAUGAACCAUGAAAUUGACUGUUGCCUCACUUCCCCUCCGCCAAUAACAACCCUGUUUGGGGGUCCCACUCUUUCCUCCGCGCAUGCCCAAUGCAAAGCGAUCCAGAGUAUUGCCUCUAUGCCUCAAAAAUAAAUUCUGAAGCCAUAAAUUACUGCUAAA